AUGCACUGGCUGGAAGCGUGCAGCAAGUCACACCCCGACUGCUGUUCCAGCACCAUGGCGGGAGAGCCACCAUGGUACCCUACACGCCUGCUGGACGUCGGCGAACAUGGACAGAAGACGGGAGGCGGGGAGAAAAUCAGGCUGGUCACCACGGCAUCUGAGCGCCCAAGAGGCGGAUACACGACUCUGAGCCAUUGCUGGGGAACGUCUCAGCCCCUUCGGCUACUGACCGGGACAAUGGCAUCCUUUCAGCAGAGCAUCAACCUCGCAGCCCUUCCUCAGACGUUCCGUGAUGCCAUUGAGGUGACACGGCGUAUCGGGAUACGAUACCUGUGGAUCGACUCCCUCUGCAUCAUCCAGGACGACGACGGGAAUACCGACUGGCUCCGGGAGGCGGCCAUGAUGCACAAGGUCUACUCCAGAUCCUUCUGCACCAUCUCCGCCACGGCCUCGCAGGACUGCAACGAUGGCAUUUUUCGCACAAGAACGGCGCCCGUUGUUCCUGAAGAUCCGGUCCCCUUUGAUACCCAGCAUAUCACCUGCGACGUCGCAGAGUCUCAGUUCUGGGACGACAACGUGUCGAACGCGCACAUCAACACGCGUGGCUGGGUCUUCCAGGAACGGCUCCUCUCGCCACGAACCAUACAUUUUGGGGAACAACAGGUGUUCUGGGAGUGCAGGGGCUUGGACGCUGCCGAGUCUUUCCCUGCCGGAUGGCCUCGCGACCCGAGCUACCAGUUCAAGGACAGGCUACCCAACGAGCUGGACGCAGCCAGGCAGCACAGAGGCCCCGAGUGGGAGGUGUUCUGGUACUCGCGCUGGGGACACGUCGUCUACGAGUACUCGAGGACGGACCUGACUGUCCCCUCUGACAAGCUCGUCGCCCUGGGCGGCGUGGCUAACACAUUCGCCGCCGCGAACGGUGAUCAAUACGUCGCAGGUAUGUGGCGCCGGCACCUGGCCGUCGAGAUCCUCUGGCUAGCCAGCCGGGACAGGAGCGGUGCGCAGGUUGCCGUGCGACCACCGCAGUACCGCGCCCCCUCGUGGUCGUGGGCGUCCAUCGACGGAGAGGUC